AUGGCUCCAACGAAGCUCAAAGCAGCAGCGUUAAAGCUGAAACAACAGGAUGAUAUUUUCAAUGUUGAUCCAUUAAUUAAUCCUGUUUUUAAAAAGGGAGAAAUUAGAGAAUAUCUUAUAACAAAUCCUUCAGAAAUUAUAUUAAAAAAGAGAUCAUUUGUUAAAAAUGAAUUAUUUUUAGUUAUAGCAUUAGUAAUUAUUUCAUUUUUUAUAAGAUUAUCAAAAUUAUCAAAUCCAGAUUCAGUUGUAUUUGAUGAAGUUCAUUUUGGAGGAUUUGCAAGAAAAUAUAUUUUACAAAGUUUUUUUAUGGAUGUUCAUCCUCCAUUAGCUAAAAUGCUAUAUGCAUUAAUUGGUAAAAUUGGUGGAUUUAAUGGAGGAUUUGAAUUUAAAUCAAUUGGUGAUAGUUUUGUUGAAGGAGUACCUUAUAUAUUUAUGAGACAAUUUCCUGCUUUACUUGGUUGUGGAACUGUCAUUUUAUGUUAUUUAACUUUAAGACAAAGUGGAGUUAAUCCAAUAAUAUCAUUUAUUACAUCACUUUUAUUAAUAAUUGAAAAUGCAAAUGUUACAAUUUCAAGAUAUAUCUUGUUAGAUUCUCCAUUAAUGUUUUUCAUAGCUGCAUCAAUCUAUGGAUGGAAAAAAUUUGAAAAUCAAGUACCUUUCAGUUUUGGAUGGUAUAAAUCUUUGGUAACUACUGGUAUCGCAUUAGGUUUAGCAUUUAGUUCCAAAUGGGUUGGUUUAUUCACAAUUGCUUGGGUUGGUGUACUUUGUAUUUAUCAAUUAUGGUUUUUAAUUGGAGAUUUAUCAGUCAAUGGUAAAAAAAUUUGGGCUCAUUUCUUUGCAAGAGGUACUAUAUUAUUAGGUAUACCAUUGAUAAUUUAUUUAAUUUCAUUUGCUAUUCAUUUUAAUAUUUUAAGUAAAGAAGGUGAUGGAGGAGCAUUUAUGAGUUCUGCUUUUAGAGCUGGUUUAGAAGGAAAUAAAAUCCCAACUGAUAUUACAUCUGAAGUUGGUUUAGGUUCAGUUAUUACAUUACGUCAUAUUGAUACUCAAGGAGGUUAUUUACAUUCCCAUGAUCAUUUUUAUCCAACUGGUUCAAAACAACAACAAAUUACUUUAUAUCCACAUUUAGAUUCAAAUAAUAAAUGGUUAAUUGAACCUUAUAAUGGAACUAUAUACAAUGAUACUUUUGUUCCUUUAAUUAAUGGUAUGAAGAUUAGAUUAAAACAUAUUAAUUCAGGUAGAAGAUUACAUUCUCAUGAUGAAAAACCACCAGUUAGUGAACGUGAUUGGCAAAAAGAAUGUUCAUGUUAUGGAUAUGAAGGUUUUGCAGGUGAUGCAAAUGAUGAUUGGAUUGUUGAAAUUGUACCUUAUAGAACUAAAAAAUCAAAUGCAAAAGUAUUUGUAAAAGCAAUUGAUACAAUUUUUAGAUUAAGACAUGCAAUGACUGGAAAUUAUUUAUUUUCAAGUGAAGUUAAAUUACCAGAAUGGGGAUUUGGUCAACAAGAAGUUACUGCUGCUUCUCAAGGUAAAAGACUUUUAACUCAUUGGUAUAUUGAAACAAAUGAAAAUGAAUAUUUACCAAUUGAACAAAAGACUAUAGUCAAUUAUCCAAAAUUAUCAUUUUGGUCAAAAUUUAUUGAAUCUCAUCAAAAAAUGUGGAAAAUUAAUUCUGGUUUAACUGAUCAUCAUCAUUGGCAAAGUAAUCCAACUGAAUGGCCAUUGUUGUUGAGAGGUAUAAAUUAUUGGAGUAAAGAUCAUAGACAAAUUUAUUUAUUAGGUAAUGCUGUUACUUGGUGGGCUACUUCUUUAACAAUUGCAACAUUUGUGAUAUAUGGAGUUUUCACAGUAUUAAAAUGGCAUUUAGGUCAACCUUUAUCAACCAAUAAAGAAGUUUUUAAUUUUAAUCAACAAACUUUUUCAUAUAUUUUGGGUUGGUUUUUACAUUAUUUCCCAUUUUACAUCAUGAGUAGACAAUUGUUUCUUCAUCAUUAUUUACCAGCAUUAUAUUUUGGAAUAUUAGCAUUGGGUCAUUUAUUCCAAGUUUUCACAAAUUAUUUAGCUGGAGGUUCAAGAUUUUUAAGACAAAUUUCAAUGAGUAUAGUUGUUAUAUUUUUAGCAAUUAGUACAUUAUUUUAUGUCAAUUAUUCACCAUUAAUUUAUGGAACACCAUGGGUAAAAUCAACAUGUGAAUUAUCAAAACCAUUCAAGUCUUGGGAUUAUGAUUGUAAUAACUUUUUAAGAAACAUUGGUGAAUAUUCAAACGUUAGUGAUGAAAUUCCAAAAGCUUCAGCUGCUGAAGAACCACAAUUGGAAGAAGCUAAACAAACUCCAAAAGCUGAACCAAAAUUAGCAAAAGAAGAAAAACAUAUUGAAAGUCCACCAGUUGAUCAAGAAGAAGCUCCUGUACAAGUUGUUGAACAAUUGGCACCUCCUGAAGUUAAAGUUGAAACUCCAAAAGUUGAAGAACAACAAAAACAACAUAUUGAAAAACCUGUGCUUGAAGAUAUUCCAUCAGAAGAAAAAAAAGAAGAUGUAGAACCUAAAGUUGAUGUCAUUAUGUAA